AAAGACAGUUAACACAUAAUUCUCAACGUAUAUAUAAAUAGAUAAUACUAUAAUAGUGUUACAUAUCUUCGUAAGUAGUUAUUGGUCAUGAUUAAGUGUUGAAGUCUUCACUGACAGGCGAACUGUGUUACAUAUUCUUCUAAAAUGAAGUCUUACACGGAAGUUGCAGACAUAGUUUCAAAAGUCCAGGAUUUAGACAAAGUAAAGGUAUUCCUUCAGAAAAUAUUUGAAAAUAUUGACUUGAUCAAGAAAAAAUGUGAAUUGUGGAUUGAAGACAAAGAUAAUGUCAGUUAUAUGGAAAUUAAAGAAUUUAUAUGUUGUAGGACCUCAGAAAUAUUAAAAACAUAUUUAAUAUCAGCUGGAAGUGAAAUUGAAAAGAUUGCUCAACGAGCUCAUUCUUUAGAAAAAGUUGACGACACACCGAAAAAGGUUGACUUUGAUGUUUUGACUAAUGGUUUGGAUUACCAAAGUUUGUUAGACAAAUUCGACUCGUUAAGUUCUAAUUUUAAAUUACAAAAAAGACGAUUGAAAAAAAUGCAACAAAAACUCAAACAUCAAGAAAAAAUUCAUACAAGCUUGAUGGAAAAAACAGAAAAAACACUUGAAUCUGUGCAAGACUUAGAUGGAAAGCAUUUGAAUUUUAAAGAAGAACUAAUGAUAGAACUCCAUGCUGCCAGUAGUUGUAUAUCAAAACUAGAAACUAAGAUUCAAUCUUGGUCUACAGAAUUUAAAAAUAAUAAAGAGGCACAAGAUAUAAAGGUGAAGGAUUUGAGAGUGAAAACAGAAAUCAUUGAGAUUAAAACUAAUAAAAUAGAAAACCUCCAAAAGAAUCAGCAAAGUUCUGUUGAUGCUGUGGGUGAAAACCUGGUGAGAUUAUUGAUUCAAGUUAAAGAACAUCACAUCAAACAUUUAAAAAAACUAAAAUGGAUAGAAAAAGAAAUCGAAAUGCUGAAAUGGAAUGAAGUGCCAGAGUACUUCUGUGAAGAAACUGGAAGAUCAGAUGUACCAUGUUUUGAAGAUUGUAUUCAUUUCAUAGGUCAUCAUGAACAACAAAUAUCAGAAGGCGGAGAAGCUGAUCUUCUAACACAUUUGGCAGGUUGUAACAAGAAUCCAGGCCAUAAAAAAUUUAUACCAAUUGAUAAAUUUAAUCUAAAGAAUCUACCUCAAGCUCACCAAAACACUGAUAUGUAUGAAUUUAUUAAAGUUGUAGCUGACUUAACUGUGAGAAUAACGGUAUCUAUGACUAGUCCACUCCGGCCAGAGGUUUGGCCUGACACAAAGGUUCCAUAUUUUUUGUACAACAUUAAAGAAAGUCAGAGUUUGAGAACUGGCAGUGGGAUGGUGAAUGAAGUGAUUAAAGGAUCCAAAGGAACAUGCCAAUGUGAAACAUGUCAACGUUCAGAAACUCCAAAACAAGAGUGGUGGACUAUUACAGUACGAACAGCUGCCAAUCUUAUUUUCGAUAGCGUUGAGGGAAGUUAUACGACCUUGAGGUGGUUUUAUGAUACAGAAGAUAAAACAGAGAAUCUCGACAAACGUGCUGUUAACUUUGAUGUCAACAAAGUUAUUUUUCAAGACUUGUGUUGGUUUGAUUAUAUAACUUGUGAUACAGAUCUUGUUAAAAAGGUUGAGAAAUCGCUACAGCAAUAUUAUUAUCUUUAUAAUAAAGUCAAUGAAAAGAACAAAGAAACUAAAGACGUCGACAAAUUCAUGUUUAUUGAUUCUCAUCCUCAUGGAUGUUCUAAAAAGAUUAGCUUUGGUUAAUGGGAGGAAAAAUUUCAAGUUAAAAAUUAUUUUGAUAAAUUUAUCUACUCAACUUGUACUUGUCCAGGAAGUAGUGGAGCCAGUGUCCACUGUGUGGGAUAUGAAUGGGGCAUUCAUGGUGGAACUUUAAAAUCUGGUCUUGGUUACAGCAGUGCUUAGUUUAUAAUUUGGUUAUUAUUAGUGAAGAGAGAACUCUACAACCUAAAGUAUUAAAUUUUUAACAAUAGUUGCUUUCUUAUGGAUAUUAGUACUACUAUGUUACUAAAUAGUUAAAUAGUUAUAAUUUUUAUAAACAAACAGGUGCUAUUUUUCAUAAGCGUUAUGAAAAGGAGAAUGAUACAAUUUACUAAAAGGUGUGAUAUUGGUAUGUUUUUACUCAAUUGUCUAUAUAUUAACCCUGCAACAGUGAAACCUAUUUUUAUCAGCACUUUAAACUGCGAUGUAUAAAUAUUAUUUAAUUUUCAUUUAUUAAAUCAUUAAAAUAUUACUGAAAUUACGAA